AUGCUUUCAAGAUCUGCUCGUUGUUCUAGGGCUGUUCUCUUCAGUGCCAAACGCUCUCUAGCUUCCCAGGCUAAUACUGGUGCUAAUGCCAGUGCUAACCAGGUUAUGGUAUCAAAGCAUGUGCAAGACAUUGACCCAGAAAUGUAUGACAUCUUGACGAAAGAACGCAAAAGACAAAAACAUUCCAUCACUUUGAUUCCAAGUGAAAACUUCACUUCUAAGUCUGUUAUGGAUCUUUUGGGUUCCGAAAUGCAAAACAAGUAUUCUGAGGGCUAUCCAGGUGAGCGUUACUAUGGUGGUAAUCAAUUUAUUGAUAUGGCAGAAUCUCUGUGCCAAAAGCGUGCCUUGGAAUUGUACAAUUUGGAUCCUCAACUAUGGGGAGUUAACGUUCAGCCAUUGUCCGGUGCUCCAGCUAACUUAUACGCUUAUUCUGCAGUUAUGGAAACAAACGACCGUUUGAUGGGUUUGGAUUUACCUCAUGGUGGUCAUUUGUCUCACGGCUACCAAUUGCCAAGUGGUACUAAGAUUUCAUAUAUCUCCAAGUAUUUUCAAACAAUGCCAUACCAUGUCGACUCACAAACUGGCAUAAUCGAUUAUGAUUUCUUGUCCAAGACGUCUAAAUUAUUUAGACCUAAGGUUAUCGUUGCAGGUGCUUCUGCAUACUCCAGAGUCUUGGAUUACAAGCGUUUCAAGGAGAUUGCUGAUGCAUGCGGGGCCUACUUGAUGUCUGAUAUGGCCCAUAUCUCGGGACUUGUCGCCGCUGGUGUUACUCGUUCUCCAUUCGAAUAUUCUGAUAUUGUUACAACUACUACCCACAAAUCUUUACGUGGGCCAAGAGGUGCUAUGAUCUUUUACAGAAAGGGUGUUAGAAAGGUUACAAAGAAAGGUAAGGAAGUCCUAUACGACUUGGAUAAGAGAAUCAACUUUUCCGUGUUCCCAGGUCAUCAAGGUGGUCCACAUAAUCAUACUAUUUCUGCCUUAGCCGUUGCUUUGAAACAAGCUGCCACUCCAGAAUUCAAAGAGUACCAAGCCGCUGUUGUUGAAAAUGCUCGUAUUUUCGGCGAAGAAUUAGUCAAGAAGGGCUUCGAAUUAGUUUCUGGCGGUACCGAUACUCAUUUGAUCUUGAUCAAUUUAUCUAACUUGGGCAUUGAUGGUGCCAGGUUGGAAACCCUGUUGGAAAACAUCAACAUUGCUGCUAAUAAAAAUACUAUUCCAGGUGAUAAAUCGGCUUUGUUCCCGUCAGGUUUGAGAGUUGGUACACCAGCUAUGACCACUAGAGGCUUUGGGCCACAAGAAUUUGCCCAAGUCGCUGCUUAUAUUGACAGAGCUGUUAAGUUAGCCAUUGGCAUCAAAUCUCAAGAAUCUCCAGAUGCUAAAGACGCUAGAUCGAAGUUAGCCAGCUUCAAAGAACUAUGCAAGGAAUCAGACCAAGUCAAGCAACUAGCUGACGAAGUCUAUCAAUGGGUUGGUGAGUUCCCAGUUCCAGGUGAAUUAUAA